AUGCCCGGAUUCCCCUCGCAACAGCAAACACAGGCUCGAAAUGCAUCAUUAGCUUCUGCGCAGUUGCCAAACGGAAAACUUGGUGCGCCUGCCUCUGACUAUAUUUUCUGGACACUCAUAUUCUUGCCCGAGGAAAUGCUAAUGUGGCAACCAGCAGCGUACAAUGGGAACCAUGGGGAGCUUCGCACAAAGUCUAGGGGGUCCCAGUCAGCGGCACCGCUAGAUCUUUCGAACACCACAGCAAUCUCAGUCGCAGUCGCAGACCCCGGCCAGCUGAUGUGGGCCAACGCAAGUCAACGCGCUGCUCAACAAACACCUGUCCAAAGACAACAGCAUCCUCCGACAUCGCAACCUCCUUCUCGUACCUCCCAGACUCAGGGACUUCCUACACCUCAGCAGUCACAACCCCCUCACGACGAUAUGUUCCCUUCAGGUUCACAAUUCGCCAAUCGGCUGGAUGACUUCAGAAACGGUGGGCAGGGCAUCAGUAGCCAACUAGGUGCCGGUGGCCAGCCUCAGACGGGCAAUAUUGAAGAAUUUCCUCCCUUGGGUCGGAACGCUGCUGCUGAGCUUCCUCUCGGCCGGACUGGGUCUUUGAUGCAGGGUGCGGGUUUCGGGAACUAUGGCGCUGGUCUAGGGGCUUCCCGGUCACCUAGCCAAGUACCUAAUGGUAUUCUAGGGCAAGAGAAAGAAGACAUGAACAACAACGUGAUGUCGGGGCAACGGAACUUCAGUGACCCACAAGCAUUACAAUCAAGGCAGACAGAGGAUGCAGAUGGUCAAGAAGUUUCAAAUGCACCACAGAGCACCGAACAGCCACCACUUGCACAGAUGAGUGAACUUGAUAGGUUUGGAUUGGCUGGCUUGCUGCGCAUGAUCCACAGCGAGAGUCCUGAUGUCGCUAGUCUCGCUGUUGGUCAAGAUCUGAUGACAUUAGGGUUGGAUUUAAACCAAGCUGAGCCUUUGCACACUUCGUUCGCUACCCCGUUCGUGUCAUCGAUGUCAGCAGUCCCUCUGGAACAAGAUUUCUCUCUGCCGGCUUGCUACAACGUCGCCAAUAUUCAACCGCUUCAAUCUCGCAUCCCUGGCUUCAGCGAUGAGACCCUUUUCUACAUCUUCUACAGCAUGCCUCGGGAUAUCAUGCAGGAGCUGGUAGCCGAGGAGCUGAUGGGCCGCAAAUGGCGGUACCACAAGCUCGAAAGGUGCUGGCUGACCCGCGACGAGACAUAUCCUGGUCCCGUCGAUGUGGAGCGUGGAGUGAGCGAGCGUGGAGUUUAUCUUCUCUGGGAUCCUGCCAGUUGGAAGAAGAUCCGACGUGAGUUCAUUCUGCGAUAUGAAGACUUGGACAACCGGUUGGACCCCAACCGAGGUGUCACUCGCCCAGUUGGCGCAACGCAUCACGCCUCAUGA